AUGACCUUCUCACCAACCACCACCACCAACACCAACCCCAACCCCAACCUCAACCUCACCAACACACCCACCACCACCACCACUACAACCACCAAUCUCAACCCAACCCCCAAACCCUCCCGCCUCCCCCGAAUCACCCCCAUCCUCCCCGGCCUCUACCUCGGCAACCUCCCCGCCCUCCAAACCCCCACCCUCCUGCACGAACACAACAUCACCGCCAUCGUCUCCCUCACCACCUCCCCCUGGGUGCAAGACCCGACUCUCCUCCUGGAAAUCGGCAUCCCAUCAUCUCACCAUAAAUGUCUCCCCGUUCUGGACUCCCUCGUCCAGGACCUCCUACGUCAUAUGUCUGAGAUCUGUGAAUUUAUCGACGAGAUGGCGUGUCCGGAGCUACGAGCUUGCACUACAUUGCCGAAUACCAACAAGGAUGUGGAUGAGAAAGCGGUGGUGACGGGACCAGCUGAGCCUGAAACCAAUGUGAGCGGGGAAUGGGGCGUCCUCGUGCAUUGUGAUUUCGGCCGAUCUCGAUCCGCGACGAUCAUCAUUGCGUACUUGAUGCGGAAGUUCAAGAUUAGUGUGGAUGAGGCGUUGGGGUUUGUGUUGGCCAGACAGAAGGUUAAGCCUAACAAGAGCUUUUUGGGACAGUUGGGGGUUUGGGGGGAGGUGGGGUAUGAGGUUUGGGUGGGUGAGAAUGACGAUGAUGAUGAUGGGAAUAUGUAUGCGUUUGAGGAUAGUGAUGGAGAGUGGGAACGGGGGAAGGGGAACGGGAAGGGGAAGAAGGUGCCGAAGAAGGCGUAUGGGGAGUAUUUGCUUGAUAGGUCGGAGAGGUUGUGGGAGAUGGGGUUUAUGUGA